AUGGGAUACCUGAGAAUAAUGAUAGGCGAUAAGUGGAUCCUCUACUUCAAACUACUGUAAUUUUCUCAAGAUUGCUGAGCCCGAUAGAGUUUACAUUUUCAAUUUGUUAAAUUCUCACACGUCUUCACGUCCGAGCAAAGUAUUUUCUUAAUAUUAAGUCACCCUCUGAGGCAAAAAGCCAGGCGAAGAGUUGCAUUUGGCCAGUCAUUGCCAUGGCCUCCGAUAGCGGCGAUAGCAGCAUGGAUAGAGAAAUGAUUUUGGCUGAUUUUCAGGCUUGCACUGGAAUUGACAACAUUGCGGAGGCAAUCACUCUGUUAGAGCUCAACAACUGGGAUUUAGUGGCAGCCAUCAAUGGAGUGAUACCACAGGAGAACGGGAUCCUUCAAAGUAACUUCUCCAGUGAGGCGAGCCAAGCCAACCUCUAUGGACCGGCCAGCCAAUCUGAGGCCACUGAAGCAGCAGUAGCAGCAGGAGUGGCUCCUCCCCCUUGCUCUUCAUCUUCGCCUUCCUCUCCUUCGUCCUCUGCAGCAUCCGCUUUCUGCCCUAUAAUCCCUUCCUCCCGACACAUUGUGGAGCGGCAGCCCCGGAUGCUUAACUUCAGGGUGGAAUAUCGACAGCGCUCUGUGGAGGUGGUUCUGGAGGAGGCCAGCACUGUUGGAGAAAUCAAGCAAAUUCUUGAGACAGAACUUGGUGUUCCAGUGUCCAAAAUGCAGCUGAAGGGGUGGAAGAGUGGAGAUGUGUCUGACAGUACUGUGCUGAGAAGUUUACAUCUGCCCAAGAACAACAGCCUGUAUGUCCUGACCCCAGACAUUGCCCCAACUGCCAGCACCAGCCAAAACAGCGCUCUACAAGAGUCCCUAAACCACAACUUCCUGCUGGUUAUCAGCCACCGCGAAGCCCAGAGGGACUACAGCCUCAACUUUCCAGGCUCCAGAACCAUACAGGAGGUAAAGAGGAACAUUUCAGACUUGACUAAUAUCCCAGUGCGGCACCAACAGUGGGAGGGUUGGCCUGCUUCAGCGUCUGAUGACUCUAUGACGCUAGCUGUCUCAGGGAUCAGCUAUCCCUGCCAUCACCUCAGUGUGUGUCAAAGGUCCUCACCAGCCAAUACCCAGGAGCCCACAGAAGAGUGUGCAGAUGUCCAUAUGAUCAGCGACAGCGAGGGGGAUGAUUUCGAGGAUGCGUCAGAGUUUGGUGUGGACGACUCAGAGAUGUUUGGAAUGGGCUCAUCGAGCUGUCGGAAGUCACCUAUGAUGCCAGAGAACAGUGAGAAUGAAGGUGAUGCCUUACUGCACUUUACUGCUGAAUUUUCUACAAGGUAUGGAGAAGUCCAUCCAAUGUUCUUCAUUGGGUCAUUGGAGGCGGCAUCUCUAGAGGCCUUCUACGGCAAAGCCAGAGAAAGAAAGCUCAUGGCCAUCUACCUCCACAAUGACGAGAGUGUCCUCAGCAACGUGUUCUGCUCCCAGAUGAUGUGUGCCGACUCCAUCGUCUCCUAUCUGAGCCAGAACUUCAUAACAUGGGCCUGGGACGUCACUAAAGAAGCUAACAAAGCCAGACUACUCACCAUGUGCACAAGGCACUUUGGCAGCAUGGCGGCACAGACUAUACGGACAUACAAGACGGACCAGUUCCCCCUGCUCCUCAUACUCAUGGGCAAACGCACAUCCAAUGAAGUUUUAAACGUGAUUCAAGGCAAUACGACAGUUGAUGAGCUGAUGAUGAGGCUGAUGGGAGCGGUGGAAAUCUUCACAGCACAGCAACAAGAGGACAUCAAGGACGAGGAUGAGCGAGAGGCAAGAGAGAUGGUGAAAAGAGAGCAGGAUGAGGCGUACCGUCUGUCUCUAGAAGCUGAUCGCAAAAAGAGAGAAGUCCAGGAGAGAGAAGAGGCUGAGCAAGUUCGCCUGGAACAGAUGAGAAAGGAACAGGAAGAAGAGAAGGAGGCCAUCCGCUUGUCACUGGAGCAGGCCCUACCACCAGAGCCCGUCGAGGAGACAGGAGAGCAAAUCAGCAAGCUUCGUAUCCGCACGCCGAGCGGCGAGUUCCUGGAGAGGCGUUUCCUGGGCAGCUGUAAGCUCCAGGUCCUCUUUGACUUUGUGGCCUCCAAAGGAUACCCCUUUGACGAGUUUAAGCUGCUUACCACCUUCCCUCGUAGAAAUAUCACCCAGUUGGAUCCAGGGUCCACUCUGUUGGAGGCCAAGCUGUUCCCUCAGGAGACCCUCUUCCUGGAGGCUAAAGAGUAGGACUGGCCCUCCCACAGGCUGAGAGGACUGACAGACUGGCUGGACACACACUAGUUGAUGAGCAUGGGUCUCCAUCUGGGCCCACACACACACACACACACACACACACACACACACACACACACACACACACACACACACACACACACACACACACACACACAAAAGCCCUCUCAGACAUACAGUAUCUUAACACACCGGCAUGCACGUACAAACAUGGAAGUAAGCCUCUCUGCCGGCGACUUGGUUGUGGUACAUGAAUGCCCAGUGUACACGUGAUGCACAGAGAAGCAAAGGCAGUAUCACAAGCACACAGCCAAACACCCAUCGUUCCUGCUUCCUCCUCGCUCUCCCUCUCUUUCUACCCCCUCUCUCACCCACCAAACUGCGGUGUCACUGUUUUCUCUCACAAGACCAACACAACACAAUGCAAUUAAAAAAGAAAAAUUAAAAGACUCUGAGGAGACAUAAAAAAAGGACUUUAACCCUCUCCACCUUCAACACACCAAGGCUGCUUUUUUAGAACAUGUUUUUUUCUUUUUCUUUUUUUUUGUGUUUGAAUAAAGAAAUGCUUAAAAAAUAAACAAGAAGAGACUGUUUGGAAAAGCCUGGACUGUCUCAUCUCCACCUGUGUUCACCCUCCACACACACACACACACACACACACACACACACACGCACACACGCACACACACACACACACACACAAUCAAUCCCAGUUUACAGUGAAGUCGUCUGCCUCCUCCAGCACCCAUCCAUCUGCUUUGGGCCCUGUCGGACUGGACCAGGACCUGCUGUGUCUGUCUUAACCCCAGCAUCCUCUGGUUUGAACAUCGGCUAUGCUGCGAGCCGAACAGUUGCUCGCUUGUUAAAUUUUUUUUUCUCCUUUUCAUUUUCUUGGUUCUUUUUAGGUUUGUUGCUGUAUUAGAUUUAGUUUGAUACACAUUAUAUAAAAUAUAUAUGAACAUGGAUCAGUCUCAGCCAGCAGUCUUUUAAAACUUGUUGCCCUGCACACACACACACACACACACACACACACACACA